UGUGAACAAUUCUGAUUCUGAACGAAAUUCUGCACUGCAGUGUAAGAAAUUCUCGGACAUCAUGUUGCGGACGAACUUCCUCGGGGAUCGUGACCAUUCUGCGCGAGUCUGAAGCACGGUGUAAGAGAAUUUUAUAUACCCUAGUCUAGACUGUGUCCCCACCGGGAUUGGUGUCUUACACCCGGUGUAAAGAUAGAUUUCUUACACCAUGCUUACACCUGUCAUACUCCGUAAACUGAAUCGGUUCAUUCAGAAGAACGAUAAAACCAAACCAAAGCUCGCACACACAAACACACAACAUACACAAAAAAAUCGCAGUGUUGCACACAUCUGCACAUCGCAGUGUAGAAAGUUCAAUCUUGUCUAGCGAUGUAAAGAACGAAGUGUGUCUAAAAAGAAAAAAAGACAAGAGAAUGUGUGCGUGUUUGUAUGGCUAAUAAGAUCUAAAUCCUAGAAGUUAUGUUGAGAACAUUGAAUUUUAUGUUUACAAUUUUUCAAUAAUGAUGUAGUGUACAAUGCCUCCAUUUAGAAGAAAGAAACCAGGAAAGUCAUUCCCUGUAAAAGUAUGCACAUUGGAUGCUGAAUUAGAAUUUAACUUAGAGUGGCGAGCAACUGGUCGAGAUUUAUUUGAUUUGGUGUGCCGAACCAUUGGACUGAGGGAGACAUGGUACUUUGGUUUGCGAUAUGAAGACUCAAAAGGAUUUAUAUCAUGGCUUAAGCUUGACAAACGUGUUCAGGCCCAGGAUAUCCCUGCUCAGACCACUGCAUCUUUCAUGCUCCUGAGUAAAUUUUACCCUGAAGAAGUGGCAGAAGAAUUAGUUCAAGAAGUAACCCAACACUUGUUCUUUCUGCAAGUGAAUCGAGCCAUACUUAAUAUGGAUAUAUAUUGUCCACCUGAAGCUUCUGUUCUUCUGGCUAGCUAUGCUGUUCAAGCAAAGUAUGGAGAUUAUGACGAGGCUUCACACAAACCAGGAAUGUUGGUUGAUGACCUCCUACCGCAACGUGUCAUAGAUCAGUACCAAAUGACUCCAGAAAUGUGGGAAGACCGAAUCAAAAUUUGGUAUGCAGACCAUCGAGGAAUGUCAAGAGAUGAAGCGGAAAUGGAGUACCUUAAAAUUGCCCAAGACCUUGACAUGUAUGGGGUGAACUACUUCCCUAUUACUAAUAAAAAAGAUACUGAGUUGUGGCUUGGAGUAACAGCACUGGGACUAAAUAUCUAUGAAAAAGAAAAUAAGCUGUCACCAAAGACAACAUUUCCUUGGUCAGAAAUACGUCAUAUAAGCUUUGACGAUAAAAAAUUCAUUAUCAAACCUGUUGAAAGAACUGCUCCAAAUUUUGUUUUUUUUUCCCAGAAAGUAAGAAUGAACAAAUUGAUCCUGGAUCUUUGUAUUGGAAAUCAUGAUUUGUUCAUGAGAAGGCGGAAACCUGAUUCAAUGGAAGUUCAGCAAAUGAAAGCACAAGCAAAAGAAGAAAAGUCAAGGCGCCAAAUUGAGCGAAAUAAAUUGGCUAGGGAGAAACAACUGCGGGAAGCUGCUGAAAGAGAAAAGGCAGCUUUAGAACAACGAUUAGCUCACUAUCAAGAAGAAGUGAGGCUUGCAAAUGAAGCUCUGCGCCGCUCCGAGGAGACGGCAGACUUGCUGGCCGAGAAGUCUCGAGUUGCUGAGGAAGAGGCCCUUCUUCUCAGCCAGAAGGCAGCGGAGGCCGAGCAGGAGAUCGCGCGACUCCGGCUGGGGGCCUUGAAGACUGAGGAAGAAAAGGUGGUGUUGGAGAGGAAGACCCGCGAGGCAGAACGAUUAACUGCUAGACUGGUGGAUGAGAGUGAACGACGGGCUGUUGAAGCCCAGCGCCUGAAAGAUGAAUUGUUGGCAGCCCGACUGGCUGAGAAACAUGCAAAGGAAAAGCUCCUUCAGUUCCUGUCUACUCCUGCCCCUCAUUCUCCAACUGUGAUGACGAAUCUUUAUCCUGUCUCUAGUCACCCCAUGCUUCCCUCAGAUCUACCAUCACAGCUAGAACCUUUACCCACUGAUUUGACAUCAUAUGAUCUUGUUAUCAAUGGUGAUAUGGAGCAGCUAUCUUUAGAAAUUGAAAAGGAACGUGUUGAGUACCUUGAAAAAAGUAAACAUUUGCAAGAACAAUUACGUGAAUUGCGAUCAGAAAUAGAAGUAUUAAAGGUAGAUGAAAAAGCUAGUGAGCUAGAUGCAUUGCAUGAAGAGCAAGUGAGACUCGGAGAAAAUAAAUACUCCACUCUCCGGAAGGAGCUCGGCGAUAUUCGCACGUCGGGGAUGAAAUCAUUCAGAGAUAUACAAGUAGAUGAAUCUAAUAUAUUAACAUGGCAAGGACUGAUAGUGCCGGAUAACCCUCCCUACAACAAAGGUGCCUUUCGCAUAGAGAUUAAUUUCCCAGCGGAAUAUCCUUUUAAACCACCAAAAAUUAAUUUCAAAACUAAAAUUUACCACCCAAAUAUCGAUGAGAAGGGUCAGGUGUGUCUACCAAUUAUAAGUGCAGAAAAUUGGAAACCUGCCACUAAGACAGAUCAGGUUAUCCAAGCCCUAGUGGCUCUAGUCAAUGACCCAGAACCAGAACAUCCACUUCGAGCAGACCUAGCUGAAGAAUUUCUAAAAGAUCGCAAGAAGUUUAUAAAGAACGCUGAAGAAUUUACCAAAAAGCACAGUGAGAAGCGACCUUCAGACUAAACUAACGUGGUCAGCCUGCCCACCUGCCUAAGACCAUCACCUAUCUCUGUGAUACCACAAGCAGCUUAGGGACAAACGAACAACAGUACUGAGGAGCUAAUCAAGGCUGCAUCUGACCAGCAGUUAAUAGAUGCAAAAAUAAAGCAAAUAAACACUUGUUGAAAUGCUAUGGGAUAAACUGUCUAGAGGGAAAUUACCACCAGAAAAACAGCUUCUAAUUUUUGUCACAAAUUAGAAGGUUGUACUUUUCAGGUGGUUUGCUUAUUAUUGGUUUGUGUCUUCUUGAAACCAGGAAUUUUUAAUAAAUGUAAAUAACUUUUUUUCAAACUGCAUUUAUUUGUAUUAGAUGAUUGAGUGCGUCUUUUCACCCAUUCAAUGCAUACAGUGUGUGUUAUAGGUUUGGUAACACAGACAACUACCAGUGAGAAGUUUACACCUUUGUUUAGCAAAUUCAACCCAGGCCAGUGUAGCGCAUGCAAUGAGCAAUGCCUGUGUAGACGCAAAGCUUUUCUUUUUUUUUUAUUUUAUUUUUUUUUUCAUACAGGGUGUUUUGUGCACAUUGUGUGUUCCUUCUCUGUUAAAUGAUAAUAGAAAGAUUUUUGCAAGGCCUACUUGUUGCUUAGAGAAACUAAAAUAAUGUUCAUAUAAUAUACAUUAAUCAAUUAUUUUAUUGGUAGGUGAGAAAACUUAUAAGUCACUGCGUUGGUUCCUAUCGUUGAUCUGUAUCUGACAGCAACAUUUGCGCCACAAGGCUUGGGAUGAAGGAGUCAGCAUUGGUUUUUCAGUUCUUUGUCUUGCUUGAAGUGGGAGAUUUGCCUGCCAAGUGUUAGUGCUAGGCCAGUGUGGUCAGAAAACAAUCAUGUUCUGUGAGUUAUGGUAACAUGAGUUAACAAGCACACAAUUGUUUGUGCAGGUGUUAACGCUUUCAUCCUACUUUGUUUUGAUCCAGAUCAAUUAUGAAAAGUUAAAAAUACGCUUGUUAAUACUGUGAAACAAAUGUGUUGAAUGAAUUCUGCUAAUGCUCAUCUUAACAUAAAUUUUCUUGCCCAGUGACAUAACAGUUUCUACUGUUUAUGAUCACACCUUGUUUUGCAUGUUGUAAACAUUUUGAUUAUUUUAUGGAAUCUUUGGGGGUAAAUUGUUUUGAAAAAGAGCAAAGCAAGAUAAAAAAAACGGCAAUUUCACAAAGGAUAUGUAAUGGUUUUUGUUAGCAAAGUUAAUCAUUUAGAGUGAUAGCUAGGCGGUGGAUUUUGAUGACCUAAAACAUUGCCAAAAAUGAUCAAUAAAAUGGUUUUAAAAUGCCCUAAAACAACAAAUGUCGUAAAAAAAAAGUAUCAAAACCACUUCAGAUGGAGCAACAAGCUGUUGGAUAUGUUACUAAUGAAACUGAGGCUUCUUCCUUUUGUUCAAGUGAACUCACCUUGUAAACUUUUGGUUUGGACUGUUCUUUGAAAGAAAAUCUCUGCCUUUAUUUUGUCGCAAAAUUGGCCAAUCUGACAAUGGCACUGAUAAACACCCUCAGAUUAUGUACUACUCACAUUGACUGACAUUACAAUAUAUGAACAAAGAAAUCUAAUAGGCUACUCAGAAAUUUUGUUGUGAACUUUUGUUGCACUUCGUAAUAUGGUUUGAAGCAAGUGCCAUUAAAAUUAAUUAAAUCAGUGAAAAAUGACGUAAAAAGGAAAAAGUUGACUUAUUAGUCAGAGUCAAAAUUGAUGAAAAAUGCAACCAAAACAAGGCGUAUAAUAAUAAUUCGUUUUGUUUCAUCAUAACAUAAAAUGAAUUUCUUUGCUGAAUGGCUUUGUUCUAAAGGGAAAAGAAAAAAAUUGACAUUUCAUUAAAAUCUGCCUGCUAGGGUUAGAAUUCAGUAUAUAUAAUUUUCUUGAACUAGUAAAGGAAACUUUUCAUUGAAUGUGGAUGAAAUUUCACUUGGCAAGUUUGCAUGCAAAUCACGUGAUUUCAGAAAACCAGUCUCUACGCAAACAUCGUUCCUCACACUCCACCUUUGUUACUUCACUGAUCACGAUGCAUAUGUUCAUAUCAUUGUUUUCUCGUGACUUAAGUGAAAGGUAACAUUGUUCCCUGUCAUUCAUUGUAUCGAGUUUGUUUAAUAAUAAUGAAAGAAAGUUUCUUAGAUGUGAAUAAAUUAAUUUUAAUCAGAAAUAGUUUUUCUUUCAUAAAUCUUUCCUGAUCACCUCAGUCAUGCCAUUGGUGGUGUUAAAUAUCAAAGAAUUAAGUUGUCAUCUUGCAAGGAGGCAGUCAAAUGGAUAAAAAUUUCCCUUUUUAUUUUGGGGGAAGAAUAAAAUGUUUUAUGGGUUCAAUUCAAUUCCCAUUCUUUUUCAGAAAACAAAAUAAUCUUGAUGCUACAAUUUACUGAUAAAUGUACAAAACUAAAUUAAAUAUUAAAACAACCAUGACCAUUAAGUAUGUUUAUAUUGAGUUCUUUAAAAACAAUGCUGGUUAAUAAUGUCUCAUUAAAUUUUGUUACCUUGUUUAUAGGAAAUAGGUGUUUUAUUAACUGAAACUUAUGCAAAGGGAUCUAUUCUCCCUGACGUGAAAAUAUGUGGUGAAGAUGAUUCUCUCAACGAUGUAUUUUUGGUAAUUCAGGGAGGGAAAGUUCUGGUAAUUAAGUCAGAAAAAUUGUUAAAUGUUGAAAUUGUUCACACAGUGUUGUGUAUAAAUUGAAAAAUACUGGG